AGGAAUCCUAGAGGUCAUCAUGGACUGGCCUGAAGGUAAAAAGUUUGGAACACCACCAGCAGAAGAAGUAUCACGUGCUAAAGAAGCCCCACCAUACAAUGAACUACCAGAGGAUGAAAAGAAAUAUGCCCUGUUCACAGAUGGAUCGUGUCGUAUUGUGGGAAAGCAUCGCAGAUGGAAAUCUGCUGUGUGGAGCCCCACACGACAAGUUGCUGAGGCCACUGAAGGGAAAGGAGAAUCGAGCCAAUUUGCAGAGGUAAAGGCUGUCCAACUGGCCUUAGAUGUCGCUGAACGGGAGAGGUGGCCAAUGCUCUAUCUUUACACUGACUCAUGGAUGGUAGCAAAUGCCUUAUGGGGGUGGCUACAGCAGUGGGAGCAAAAUAAUUGGCAAAGAAAGGGCAAGCCUAUUUGGGCUGCUGACCUAUGGAAAGAUAUUGCUACCCGAACAAAAAAUAUGGUUAUAAAGGUGCGUCAUGUAGAUGCUCAUGUGCCCAAGAGUAGAGCUACAGAAGAUCAGCGAAAUAACCAUCAGGUAGACCGAGCUGCCAGAAUUGAGGUGGCUCAAAUAGACCUGGACUGGCAGAACAAGGGUGAGUUAUUUUUAGCUCGGUGGGCCCAUGAGACCUCAGGUCAUCAAGGGAGAGACGCAACAUACAAAUGGGCCAGAGACCGAGGGGUGGACUUAGCUAUGGAUGCCAUUGUACAAAUCAUUCAUGACUGUGAUACAUGCGCCACAAUUAAACAAGCUAAGAGGAUGAAACCUCUCUGGGAGGAAGGGCGAUGGCAAAAGUACAAAUAUGGGGAGGCAUGGCAGGUUGAUUAUAUCACCUUGCCACGAUCUCGCAAUGGUAAGCAUUAUGUGCUCACCAUGGUGGAGGCAACAACCGGGUGGCUUGAAACAUAUGCAGUACCCCAUGCUACUGCCCGAAACACCAUAUUAGGUCUGGAGAGGCAAAUCCUGUGGCGACAUGGCACCCCAGAAAGGAUUGAGUCAGAUAAUGGGACUCAUUUUAAAAAUUCACUUGUGGAUACUUGGGCCAGAGAACAUGGCAUCGAGUGGAUUUAUCAUAUCCCCUAUCAUGCACCAGCCUCUGGUAAGAUCGAACGCUACAACGGGUUGUUAAAAACGAUGUUGAAAGCAAUGGGUGGCGGAACAUUUAAACACUGGGAGAAGCAUUUGGCAGAAGCCACCUGGCUGGUUAACACCAGAGGAUCAAUCAGUCGAGAUGGUCCUACCCAAUCCAGCUCCCUACAUAUUGUAGAGGGAGAUAAGGUCCCUGUAGUACAUGUAAAGAACAUGUUAGGAAAAGCAGUUUGGGUUUUUCCUGCUUCUGGGAAGGGCAAACCUAUUCGCGGAACUGUCUUUGCCCAGGGACCUGGGUCCACCUGGUGGGUGAUGCAGAAAAACGGGGAUGUUCAGUGUGUACCACAAGGGAAUUUGAUGUUGGGGGAGUGCAGUCUGUAAUCCCAUGUGUUAAGCAUGAUGUAGUGAUGUAGAAUAAGGGGUGGAAUGUCAUGGUUUUAUGAUUUUUGGUCAUCAGUAUUCCACACCAUAACAUCAUGUAAUGCACUGGGGGUGGGGUUUGAUAUCUGCCGAAUGUUCGUCCGUCGGAGAAGAACUACUUUUCCCCAGGAGACUUUGCGGUCAGCAAGGGGAUAUAACUCCAAGCAAGGUCACCUGAUCCUGCUUCUUCGCCUGCUCUUCGCUGUCUGCGCUUCGCCGUCUGUACUUCAGUCACUCAACUGGACUGCACUUCUCACCCCAGCAUUGUGGUGAGGUCUAUACAAUUCAAACAGACUCUCUCUCUCUCUCUCUCUCAUUGUAUUUUACUAAUACUAUAUUUAGUAAAAUCAUUUGUUCCACCUCAGAUCAGUGCUGUUGUUUUCAAGUAUUUUGGGGUCCCCUGCUUCCCCUUUCCCAGAGGCGCGGAUCCGCAGAUCCCUCCGCCCUGCUGGUCACGGAACUGGGCCGGACCAGCCCAUAAACCGUUG